AUGAUCUUCCAACUGCAACAACCACCACCUCCACCUUCACAACAACAACAUCAUAAUCAACAACAGGAGGCACAGAGAAACCAUCAAAUUACAACUCAACUGCAGAAUACUAAAUUGCUAUCCCAAAUAAUCACUCCUUUAUCAAUGAGCGAUGACUCUCCACCUCCAAUUUCUUCAGCAAACUCCUCAAAUACUGGACCAAGUACCCUGCAAUCAGGGACAUCAGGAUCAUCAUCCAUGUCCAUCAAGUUGAAAAAAGAACCCAUAUCUCUUGUCACUCAAGUUCAAAUUAACGACUUCAAUCAUAAUCCCCCUAAAGCCUUAUCAUCUGAUUCACCUAACAAAAACUCAAUACCACAAACCCAACCCAAUAAGCAACAUACAUCAAACCUAACAUCAAGUUUGAAAAAAGAACCAACAGCUCCUUCAAACAAUACCGCAACCUCAGUAUCAACUCCCAAUGCCAAAGCAACAGUUUGCUUCAACUGUGGUACUCAGAAGACUCCUCUUUGGAGAAAAGAUCCUCUGGGAAAUACGCUUUGUAAUGCCUGUGGUUUGUUCUUGAAGUUGCAUGGAACAACAAGACCUUUGAGUCUCAAAACUGAUGUCAUUAAGAAGAGAUCGAGCAGAAGAUCAUCAAAUACUACAAAAAUGACUUCAUAUGCUAAUGGUGGGACCACUCCCAACUAUUCUUUCUCGAGAACUAAUUCAGCUGUUGCCCUAUCGACUAGUUCCGGAUUAGUUAGUGGUUCUUCAUUGCCAAACUCCAUACAAUUUGAUCCAAGAUAUAACCUUGGGACUACAAACAAUUACUCAACGCUGAAUCCCUAUGGAAGUGGAUCUUCUCUGUUUUCACAUAUAAAGCCGCUUCCUCCUAACAAUAAUAAUACUACAACUAUCCCUACUAGUGCAACAUCGUCCAAUGCUCCAAGUCCUGGAAACUCUAAUAACAAUACUAAUAAUUCAUCUAUAAGACCCAAGAAUGUUCUUAUUCUUCCCAAGCCUGCAUCAACACCUAAGAGUGUAAAUUCCCCUUCAACUUCGUUGUCAACGAAUAAUGGAUCUUCAACGUCUCUUAAAUCAAUUCCUAUACCACAAAGCUAUCAACUGGCUUAUUCACAGCCCAGCUCCCCCCUUACAACAGGUGGUCCCUCUAGUGGCCAAUUCAAGCGGAAGAAGAGUGACUUGAACAUUGCACAUUCAUACAGCAAUCUUUCUUCAAGUAAUAAUAAUAGCUCUGUUCAAGGUCAAGGAAUUCCCACAAGUGCAUUGACUAUGGGAAUCCGUAGGAAUAGUUCGAUACCUAAUUCCUUCCAGUCUUCUUCAUUACAAAGAAGGUUAUCAAGUACAAGCUUAUCCCAAAGGAAGAAUUCAUAUGUUGCAGCCGCAGCAACUCCUCCCACUAUGGUUUCUUCUUUCCAUCGGACAAAUUCAACAUUCCUUAACCCAAGUAUAGCCAUGACAGGUGCGACAACAUCCUCAGCUCCCAUAGGUAACUCGUCUUCAUGUCGUUCCAUUAGUAUUGCAGAUGGGAACGCCAAUUUACUUAACGACUUGGAGUUGACACCCAUGGGACUGGAAAGUUCGAUUACUUCGUCGAGGAAUUCGUUUGUGAAUCCCAAUGCUGAUACAUUGAAUUCAUGGAGUCAUGGUAAUGGGCACAGUUUGGGUACGUCCAAGCGUGGAAUGAAUAACGGGAUGAAUAGUAUGUCCCAAGGAGGAUUUGCACUUGGACUUGGCUUAAUUAAUGAAGAUUUCAACAAGUAUGUUGAUGAGUUGGAUUCCAACUUGUUUUCUGACUACCACAGAGAUGGUGUUGGCGUGGAAGGUAUUUUUGACGAGCAUCCCUCAUUGGAGGGAUCGCUUGCAGUCGACAAACGAGAAAUCAAGCAAGGAUUAACUAAAAGUAGUUUAACUGAUGGGUUAAGAAACACAGAAGGGCGAGGAAGUGGGGUCCAUGAUCAACUACAUAAUACUAAUGUAGGAGGAUCUUCAUCUUCAGGACAACAGAGUGAGGAAAUUCCUGCGGAUCUUGAUUGGUUGAAGUUUGAUAUUUAA